CUGUCUAUUAUCAUUAUAUAUUGUAUAUAUGGGAUAUCUAAUAAUGUAUUGUCACCUGUUGUUCAGUAUGUUUUAAUGUAUUUCUAUAAAUAAGGUGUGUUUAGUAACCGGAAAUAUUUGGAAACCAGUCUGAUUCCUACCAAGAGACAUCCUAAGUAAUGUUCAAAGGUGAAGUAAAGAGGGUAUUUACAGGAAUACGCCCUUCAUAAUGGGAAUCAAUAAGAGGAAAAAUGACCCCACGGGUGACAAAGUUGCGGCAAGCGAUUCCACCAAAGACAGCUCCGAAUCUAAAGAAGAAGAUGUGGUAUCAGAUGAUGUUAAUGCAAGACGAAAACGAUUUCAGGCCAAAAGUUUCUCUAGAAUGCGUCAUGUGGUAAUAGCCGUUGCCUGUAUUGGCAUGAUGCUAAUUAAUGCAAUGAGGACAAACAUUGGAUUCACGGUGUUGACAAUUCUUGACGAGGAGGCUCAUCGAAAAGUAGGCACUAUCGAGGCCAUUAUGAGUCUGCCAAACGUGGAUUGGAAUUCAAAGAUGGUGGGAUUUUUACAUAGUAGUUUUUAUAUAGGGUACAUAUUGACCCACAUGCCAGCUGGUUACCUAGCAACAUAUCUUCCUUCAUACAGAAUAUUUGCCGGAAGUAUUCUUCUUUCCUGUGCUCUAAAUCUACUUUUACCAGCAUGUAUCAAUGCCGACGAAUAUUAUUUAACUUGUUUAGUUCGAUUUCUUCAGGGAUUAGUUGAGGGAUCUUUAUAUCCCGGAUGUUAUGGAGUGUUAAGGUAUUGGUCCACACCUUCAGAACGAGGUCGUGCUGGGUCGACUGUAUUGACAGGUGCGUAUGCUGGGGCUGUGGUUGGUUUUCCAGUAGCCGGUGUGAUAACUCAUUAUAUAGGUUGGCAGUACGUAUUUUAUCUUAACGGGUGUGUUGGUAUUCUAUGGGCAUUGAUCUGGUUGGUAUUAGCGCGUGAAAAACCCUCAGACCACCCUUUUAUAAGUGAAAAUGAGUUGAAAUACAUGACCAAAGAGCAGGGAUAUGAUGUUACAGAUAGCAAGGAAACAAAAAUACCGAUAAAAGAAAUACUGACGUGUCCAGCAGUAUUAUGUUUGUGUUUGUGUCAUUUUGCACGUAAUUGGGUGUUUAUAUUAAUGUUAACAAACGAACCAUAUUACCUGAGUUUAUUUAAUUUUACAGUAGCAGAGAAUGGUUUAUAUGCUUCCAUACCACAUAUAAUGAAAGUACUAACAGCGGCUUCUAGUGGUUAUAUCGCUGAUUAUUUACUAUUAGAUAAUCUACUCACUAUAACCCAUAUACGUAAAUUACUUACUGGUGUAGGAUUUGGCGUGGGAUGUAUUGGAUUUUUUAUAUUAACAUUUGUAAAAGAUGGCUCAAUAGUAUUAAUAUUUUUGACACUGGCUGUUGGCUUUACCGGUUUCGCUGUAUCAGGUUGGCAAAUAAACCACUAUGAUUUGUCAGCUCGACAUGCCAGUCUGUUAGUUGCCAUAACAUCGACAGUGGGUAACAUUGGUUCUGUAACGGUGCCACUAGUUACGGGAUACAUAACAUUUUAUCAUACAUUAGAAUCAUGGAGUAUUGUUUUUUAUAUAACAUCGAGUGUGUUGGGAGUAGCAGUGAUUACAUUCCUAAUUUUUGGUUCAGGUCAACAACAAUCCUGGUCAAAUCCACCAGACAAGGUGCUGCUCGUUCAACAAUUAGAUCCCUUGGAGGCCCCACCAUACAAAGCAGAACGAUUACAGGACUCUAUUAAACCAACUUCAUAGACUUGUUCGGUGUCGGUAAUAAAUGGGCAAUUAUGACAUAGUCUCGAUCGAGACUUAAUUACGACAUUAAUAAAACGUUGUUGUUACCCUAAACAGCACACACAAUACCAAGUUUACAGACAAAUCUCAGGUAUAAAGCGUUUUGUUAAGGUACAAACUUUUCAAACUGUUUCUUCUAUUUCACGCUAAGGACUUUUGCGCGGAUUUUGCUAUUCCAGUCUUGGUUAUGUUGAAAAACGGAAGUUUAGAUAUUUCUGUUUAAAAACAGCAUGUCUCCCACCCUUAACAUACUAUUAAAAAUUUAGGUAUCGCAUUCUAUAAAGAAAUACUUGUUUGUCGUUACAUAUAAUUAUUAAUCGAAGUGCCUGUGAAUUGAAUACGGUAUACUGAGUAACAUCUGGCAUGUCACAGAAUUGGUCGAUUUCGCUAUCUGGCCGUUAAAUUAGAUCAAGUGUAUAGCUGUAAUUCUGUAAAUCUGUUAUCUAUUAAAAUGUUACAGAAAAUAAAAUUAUAAAACGUUUUAAUAGUCUAAAUUAAAUUAUAUCAACAUUUCGUUUCGUUUUACUUUUGGGCUGUUUGUAAUUAGAUUGAGUUUUAAAAUGAAACUAGUGGGCAUGUUGAUCGUGAAUUCUUCGUGUUAUUUAAAAAUGGACAGUGAUAUAAAUACGUCAGUGGACAGAUGUAGAUUGAAAUUGGUUGUGAUAUUUUCAAAAUAAUAAAAUGUGAUAAUUUUGAUGUGAUAAUAUACCUAUGUAUAAUUAAUAUGUGUGUUGUAUCAAACAUUGAUGCCCAUCUGUCAAAAAUCUAUUUGAUGUAUAUAGCUAUAACUUAUUUGAAUUGAAAGGUUCACAUAUUAUACAGUAUAAUAAUUGAACUCACAACAAACAUAGCUAUGGUGGACUAUAAACCAAUAUAUUAAAUUACUAUUUGUAAUAGGUGACUAAUGAUACGGAAACACAAUUGAUCAGAAUUACCAUCAGCUACACGUUCUAUGGUAACGUGGCGUUUCCGGAUAGUAAUUUUCCCUUCAGCCCGGCUUCUGCUUGGAAGAAGGCUAAAGGGGGAAAACAGGCUUACGCUAGGAGCCAGGUUCAGUCACCUUGUUGCCUCGAUAUUCAUCUCACAAUUUCUCUUUUAAAGAUGCAUUAUGUAAGAUUUAGAUAAAGAGCUAGGCGUUCUUGUUUUAAUAGUUCUAAAAUAGAUCAUUCAAAAUUAAUAUAUUGAAAAUUUCAGUCAAAUUACUUUAUUCUGAGCGACAUUAUUUUGGACUUUUGACAUAGAUUGUUUAUUAUUAUAGCAACGUUAUUUAUAAAUCGAGACUCAGCCUCGCUUCGCCAUUUUAAAAUUAAAUCAUUAAAUUGCGAUCGUAUUUUAUUCCUUUUAAAUCUGCGUCACCCGAUGAUCUAGAGAAUUGAAUAUAGGUUUCGUCAUGUGAAUAAAUGUCUAAAUAAUAAUUUGAAGCCAAAAUAAAAAACCUGUAAUAGACAGAUUUAGCUCUUACAUAAUGUAUCUUUAAUGCCACUCCAACUGAAAUGAACUAUACAUCUCUGAAGCGCUUCAUUGAUGUCCCGUUGUAUGAUCUAUAACAUUGCUUGGCUUAAUGGAUCAAAACAUCGAUCAUUAAUUAGAUAAUCAUCGUGGUAUUUACUGUAUAUUUAUAAAAUGGAUUGUUAUUUUGUUGAAUCAUAAUAAAGAUGGCGGUAUAUGUUACUGUUAUGAAAACCA